GUCGCUUUGUUGGAUAAAUGUGGGCCGCCGCGAGUAUGGAAAAUGCCAAAUAUUGCGAGUGCUUCAUUCUUCUCUUAUUCUAGCCCUAGCCAAACUCAAAAGCUACUGCCAAACAAAUUAAAAAAAAAAAACCUCUCUACUCGCUCUGCUCUCCUUGUCAGCCAUCAAUUUCCUUCCCUCUUUAAUGCUUUCCUCCUUCAGCUCAGCUCAGGGAUCCAUCUUAAGGAAAAUGUGAACAUUAUUAACAUGAUGGAUAGCGGUGAUGUAAGGCAUGACAGAGUCACAGCCAGUGCCAGUGGCUAUUCUAUUAACACUGCUGGGGUUCAUAAGGAAAAUGCUGCUGCUGCUUUAUUAGAUGCUAGACUCGCCGCAUAUGCUGGUGAUGAAGUAAACUUGAAUUCUGUAAAAAGUUUAGAGCCUCAUGAUGGAAUGGAAUUUGAAUCAAAAGAGGAAGCAUUUUCAUUCUACAAAGAAUAUGCCAAAUCUGUUGGCUUUACUGCUAUAAUAAAAGCUAGCCGUCGAUCAAGAAUAUCUGGAAAGUUUAUUGAUGUAAAAUUUGUAUGUACUAGAUAUGGAAAUGACCGAGAGUCCAUUGGAAUGGACACUCCAGAACCUGUUCCAACUGCAGAUAUUGCAACAACCAUUCCUGUCAAGAAGAAAAGAGGCAGAGUUAACCGAUCAUGGUUGAAAACAGACUGCAAAGCUGGUAUGCAUGUUAAGAGAAGGGAAGAUGGAAGGUGGGUUGUUCGUUGUUUCAUAAAGGAGCAUAACCAUGAUAUAUUCCCAGACCAGGCAUAUUUACCUAGAGGUCAUAGAAACUUAGGUCCAGGUAACAGUAAUGUCCAUACAAUGCAUGCUAUCCCUGGAAGAACCAAAAAGAUGUAUGUUUCCAUGUCCAGACAAUCAGGUGGGCACAAGAAACUUGAGAAUCAUAAGGGUAGUGAAACAAAUCGAUUAAGUAGCUGUCAGAUCUUGGGUUUAGAGGAGGGGGAUGUUAAAGUUUUGCUGGAUCAUUUUCUCUAUAUGCAAGAUGAAAAUCCAAACUUCUUUUAUGCUAUAGAUCUCAAUGAAGAGCAGCGCUUGAGAAAUGUGUUUUGGGUUGAUGCCAAAGGAAGACUCGAUUAUGGCUAUUUUAAUGAUGUGGUUUUUUUGGACACCACAUAUAUCAAGAAUGAAUAUAAAUUACCAUUUGUUCCUUUUGUUGGUGUAAAUCAUCACCUUCAGUAUCUGUUACUUGGUUGUGCAUUAGUUGCUGAAGAAACUAAAUUAACCUACAUCUGGCUUAUGCGAGCAUGGCUUAGAGCAAUGGGUGGACGUGCUCCAAAAGUAAUACUAACUGAUCACCACAAGGCAUUGAAAGAAGCUGUAAUAGAAGCCUUUCCUGAUUCCCGUCAUUGUUUUUGCUUAUGGCAUAUAUUGAGCAAGAUACCUGAGAAGCUUAGUUAUGUUACGGGGCAACAUGAAAAUUUCAAAACCAAAUUUGAUGAAUGCAUCUUUAAAUCUUAUAAGGAUGAACAGUUUGAAAAGAAAUGGUGGGAAUUGGUUGAUAGAUUCAAUUUAAGAAAUGACAUCUGGUUUCAAUCAUUAUAUGAGGAUCGCCAACAAUGGGUACCAACCUACAUGAGAGGCAUUUUUCUUGCAGGGAUAUCUACAGUGCAACGAUCAGACAGUGUAAGCUCUCUUUUUGACAAAUAUCUGCAAAGGAAAACUAUGUUAAAAGAGUUCUUAGAUCAAUAUAAAACAAUUUUGCAAGAGAAGUCUGAAGAGGAAGCUAAAGCUGAUUUUGAAACUUGGCAUAAACCACCUGGAUUGAAAUCUCCGUCACUCUUUGAAAAACAAAUGGCACAUUUGUACACACAUGCAAUAUUUAAAAAAUUCCAGGUUGAGGUUUUGGGAGGGAUUGCUUGUCAUCCAAGAAAAGAAAGUGAAGAGGGAGGUGCUACAACUUUUAACGUUCUUGACUUCGAAAAAAAUCAAGAUUUCAUUGUGGUGUGGAAUGAUACGACAUCAGAUAUAUCUUGUUUAUGUCGUGGAUUUGAAUUUAAUGGGUUUCCUUGUCGACAUAUACUGAUUAUUCUACAGUUGUCUGGUGUACAAAGCAUCCCCUCACAACAUAUAUUGAAACGUUGGACAAAGGAUGCAAAGAAUAGGCAAACAACAGGAAAACAUUCAGAUGUUCUUGCGAGUAGAAUGCACCGUUACAAUGAUCUUUGCCGACGGGCCUUUAAAUUGGGUGAUGAAGGGUCUCUGUCUCAUGAGAGUUAUAAUGUUGUACUUAAUGCUUUGGAAGAAGCAUUAAGAAAAUGUGAGAGUGUAAAUUACUCAAUUCAGAGUGUAACAGGACCAAAAUUAGCACAAAUUCAAAGCCCUCAUAACUUUGAAGAAGUGAACCAAAUUAAAAGCACUACCAAGGCAGUCAAUAAGAUUAAUACAUCCCAUAAAAGACAGGGAUAUCCUGAAACAGAGAUCUCAAACUCUGGGAUGCCUGACAGCUGGCAAGAAAUGGGACAAUCAAAUACACAAGAGAGCAUUAAUAGGAUGGAACGGAUGAAUUCAAGAACUCCAGCUCUCGAUAGCUAUUUUGGUGCUCAACAUCUUGUGCAGGGAAUGGGACAAUUGAACUCUAUUGCCCCACCGCAUGAAGCUCAUUACACUACUCAACAAAGAAUGCAUGGGAUGGGACAGUUACAUUUCAGACCGCAAACUAUUCCCAGUUGUUAUGACAUUCAGGAUGGCUUACAAGACAUGGACCAACUUAAUGUAGGAUCCCCUCAGUUGCAUGGCAUGGCAUCAAAACAGCUGCAUUCCAAACACAUCUCUGGUUAGGUGGCAUUAUAGAACUUGUCUAACAAAGGUAGGGUUGACUGUUGAGAUAUUGUAUUUGGAAGAAGUGAGACUGACAUUGGUUUCAUGGGCAUUAAAGAAUUCACUACAUCUAAAAGUCUUGAAGAUGCUCUCAAAUUCCCUUUUUCUUUCUUUCUCUUACUAGUAGUAUUCGAUCCCUGGUGUUUCUGUAAUGCCGUAAUAGCAAUUCUGUAAAAGAUGUUUUAGGCCGUGGCUUCUUAGAAUGGUUUAUGCCUGAAUCUAUUCUUCUAAGAGCUUUGCCAUUUGUAAAUUAUAUACAAUAAUGUAUUCUGUUGUGUUGUAAUUUCAUGAGUGUUGGGCUUCUGGGAAUCUUUC